CAGAAAGGAGACAUGUCUGAUAAGGACAAAUAUAGCUGGGUCACUGUCCAGAAAGGGGGGACGCGCCUGACAGAGGACGCGCCUGACAGAGGACACGCCUGAUACAGGACCAGCCAUAGUAUAAUUAAGAACUGGUGCCAACUGUUUGACAACUGACAAACCUUAAAGGGCCGGCGCACAAUUUUACUAUAGCGCCAUACUGGUAUUAUCAACUUCACUAUGACAUUCAAAAGUAACACAGGUUUACACUAGCAGGGAAAGCUAAACUUACACUAACAUUAAUACAACCUCUCUCUCAUGUAUCUACUCUGUAUUUGCAGACUUGCUGACUGUCAACUCAUAGAAGCAUCGUGUGAACUGUUAGUCUCCUCUCUCAGCUCAAACCCCUCAAACCUGAGAGAGCUGGACAUGAGUAACAAUGACCUGAAGGAUUCAGGAGUGAAGCGGCUCUCUGCUGGACUGGGGAAUCCCCACUGUAAACUGGAGACUCUGAAGCUAUCAGGCUGUGGAUUUACAGAAGAAGGCUGUGCUGCCCUGGUCUCAGCUCUGAGGUCAAACCCCAACCACCUGAGAGAGCUGGACCUGAGUGACAAUCAUCUAGGAGACUCAAUAGUGCAACAUGUCUCUCCUGGAUUAGAGGAUUCAAUCUGGAGACUGGAGAUCCUAAAUCUCUCUGGCUGUAAACUCACAGAAGCAUCCUGUGAAGUGUUGGCCUCAGCUCUCAGUUCCUCCUCACACCUGAGAGAGCUGGAUCUGAGUAACAAUGACCUGCUGGAUUCAGGAGUGAAGCUGCUCUUAGCUGGACGGAGAGAUUCACCGUGUAAACUGGAGAUUCUGAGGUUGGCAUUCUGUGAAGUCACAGAGGAAGGCUGUGCUUCUCUGGCCUCAGCUCUGAAGUCAAACCCUUCACACCUGAGAGAGCUGGAUCUGAGUUACAAUCACCCAGGAGACUCGGGAGUCAGACUGCUCUCUGCUGGACUGGAGGAUCCACACUGCAGACUGGAGAAACUCAAUGUGGAACAUGGAGGACAGUACACAAUUAAACACGGGCUUAGAAAAUAUGGCUGUGUGCUCUCGCUGGACCCGAACACAGCAAGCAGAAACCUCUCUCUGUCUGAGGAGAACAGAACGGUGACAUGGAGGACAGAGGAGCAGCCGUAUGCUGAUCACCUGGAGAGAUUUCAGGAUUUCGACCAGGUGCUGUGUACAGAGGGUCUGUCAGGGCGCUGUUACUGGGAGGUAGAGUGGAGUGGGAGAGGAGCUCAUAUCGGUGUGACGUAUAAAGGAAUCAAUAGGUCAGGAAGGGGUGAUGACAGUGGGCUUGGACCUAGUGACAAAACCUGGUGUCUGGUCUGUUGUGAUGACCAUUACAUGGCCUGGAUCAAUAGUAAGCUCACUACCAUACCUUCCCCCUCCUCCUCCCCCCCGUCCAACAGAGUAGGACUGUAUCUGGACUGGCCGGCCGGCACGAUGUCUUUCUACAAGGUCUGUUCUGAUACACUGACUCACCUGCACACGUUCUACACCACAUUUACCGAGCCCCUCUACCCAGGGCUGUUUGUUUGGUGUCACUCCUCAGUGUCCCUGUGUCAGGUGGUGGCCCUGUGUCAGAAACACAACGUCAUGUUUCCCUCUAAUCACGGUCCUGUUCGGCAGUAGGAGACGCCGUGUAUCACACCACCCGGGCCUUAUUGCUUAAUUAGAAAACGGCUCCCUGGGAAAUCUGCGGUUUGACUGGUUUAAAUGGUGUGUUGUCAUUGAUAAUUCCCCUAUUCCCACACAUCAUUUAGAUGUAGUAUCAGUUGUAAAAUAGAUAGUAUUGAUUCUAGAUUGUCAUAUUGGCCAUUCAAUCCUGUCUUGGCCAUAUUACCACAAACCCCCUAAAGGUGCCUUAUUGCUAUUAUAAGUGGGUUACUAAUGUAAUUAGAGCAGUAAAAAUACAUGUUUUUGUCAUACCCGUGGUAUAAGGUCUGAUAUACCACGGCUGUCAGCCAAUCAGCAUUCAGGGCUCCAGCCACCCGGUUUAUAAUGUCUGAUAUAUCACGGCUGUCAGCCAAUCAGCAUUCAGGGCUCCAACCACCCAGUUUAUAAUGUCUGAUAUACCACGGCUGUCAGCCAAUCAGCAUUCAGGGCUCCAACCACCCGGUUUAUAACCCUUUUAUUAUACAAUUCUGCUUCUGUGUGAACUCAAUUACACAGAAUGGAAAUGACAUAACAGAUUUGACCUGUGAACUCAAUUACACAGAAUGAAAAUGACACAUCACAGAUUUGACCUGUGUGAAAUGAAGACGAUGGAAUAAAGAGUUGGUAUUUGUUUAAAUGGUAUUUGAAUAAAUUCAAUAAAACUGA